CAAACUGUUGUAUAACUUAUUAUUUAUUUAUUUUUUAAAAAUCCAUUGCCUGUAGUCAUACUACCCCUGUGUUUGUAAAGGCUUACGUAGCACACAGUCUAUUCACCAAACAAUCUAACAGUGCUAUCAAAACAUUUUUUAAAUAAUAAUAAUAAGACUCUUUUGUUUUGUUUUUGACUUAAAUUUCAUUGAAAACUCAUAACAUUUUUAUAUCCGUUUUUAGUCAGUCAUCAGCCAUCAGAAUGUCAAACAUAGGUUCCGGAGGUUUCCCGACAUCUCACACGACGUCCACCACAACCAAAGUAACGCCAUUAAUAUGGUUUGACAAGUCUUACAUACAGACAAUUCCCGGACUGUUGAAGGCAUCGGCUAUUAUCAUCGAUUUAAUAGCAUUUAUAAUCGCACAGUUCGGUAGUUCAUCCUCAGGAAGAGUCGGUUUCUUCAGCUUUACCUCAAUGAUGGCCUUUUGGUUGACUUUAAUACUGUUAGCACUUUAUUGCUUACAUGUGGUCGAGAAACUGCAGUCAUUGCCGUGGCUUCUGGGGGAGUUUGCAUUUUGUCUCAUUUGGACCGCAUUUUACUUCUUAUCAUCACUUCUUAUGCUAAUUGAUGGCGGCGUUCAUUCAGCUGCAGGAGUAUUUGGUUUCAUUGCUUUUGCAAUUUAUGGUUACGACGCUUUCAUUAAAUAUCAAGGUUAUAGUGCCGGUGAAAUAGCACAGGGAGAUCGGGAACGGACUACAAUUGGGCAAAACAACGCCUAAUUUACAUCAAAUCAUAUAUUCUAUACAAAUCAAAGUCAAUCUCUCGUAAAUUUUUGAAUUCAUAUUAUUAGUUAACUAUAUAUCAAGUAUUUUAUAAAAUGAUAUUAUUGUUAACAUUUAUAAGCCAAACAGUUAAUGUGCACUUACCGUAAUUUAAAUUUGAGUCCAUUUAAAUACUGUAUAUCUUUUAUAAUUUAAAAAUUUUAUUACACUACUGAAGAUAAGCUUAAGUUUAAUAAUCAAUAGAAAUAUACAUAAGUUUAACAAAU